AAUUUUCGUUUAAAUCAGCUUGCGGCAGUUUAUUCUAUUUAUUCGCGAGGUUACUUACAAACAUUUAUAAUGGAAAUGAGUUUUACCAAUAAAGUCAUAAUAGUCACUGGUGCAAGCAGUGGAAUAGGAGCUGAUGCGGCUAAACACUUUGCCAAGCUAGGCGGAAAGCUGUGUCUUGUUGCACGGAAUGAGAAACUUCUUAAAAUUGUUUCUGAAGAAAUUAUUGCGUUUGGAUCGUCAGAACAGCCAUUAGUCAUUGUAGCUGAUGUGACCAAAGACCCAGAACGAAUAAUACAGGAAGCAGUAAAACAUUUUGGAAAGUUGAACGUGCUGGUUAACAAUGCAGGCAUUUAUCAGCUCGAUAGCGUGAUCAAUUUCAAUAUUACUCAAUUUGAUGCCAUGUUAAGCACUAACUUAAAAGCAGUCGCAAUAUUAACAAGUUUGGCCGUACCAUAUUUGGAAAAAACGAAGGGAAACAUUGUGAAUGUCUCAAGUGUUGCUGGAAUGAGAGCAAUUCCGGGAAUGUUGAGUUACUGCAUAUCUAAAGCAGCACUCGACCAAUUCACAAAAUGUGUUGCUCUUGAGUUGGCGCCCAAAGGAAUUCGUGUAAACUCAAUCAACCCGGCGAUGAUACGUACACCAAUUUUUGAGAAAACCGGAAUUAGUGCCGCCGAAGCUAACGAAGAAAUGGAAGCUGGUAAAUAUACGCACCCAAUGGGACGAAUUGGUGAACCAAUAGAGACAUCAGAAGCAAUCGCCUAUAUAGCAAGUGAUUCCGCAUCGUUUAUUACCGGAGUUUUACUACCCGUUGAUGGCGGAUAUAUGGUGAAGUAGAUCGGAUAGAAAAACGAAUCGAGAAACCUAACAGAUCGUUGCGCGACGACAUAAGCCCCGUUCGGAACUAUAAGAGUAGUGUAGACCUAGUGAGAUCCUACGGCUUCUGAUUGUAUAUUGCGGUACAUACAUACUAGGUAAAUGGGCUCGCAUCACAUUUGCUAAUAUCUCCACUGGUUUUAUUCGAACUCCUAGACGCAACGUUGUGUUGUUGUUUCUCCUCUCAGAGUCUGGUAAUAAAUAUUAUUCACCAUAUUAUGAUACAUGUUUAA